GAACCAACCCAGCUAAUUAAAGUGUGAUGGAAGAAAACUUCACUGGCAGAGGACCACGGUGUUCCGCAAUCGAUUCCAACCACGGAUGAAAUCGAGGUCGUUAAUCGUAAUACACGUGAGAAUAGAGAAGUGAUCGGAGAAGCGCCACUCAAAAAAGUUAAGCCCUUAAUAGAAGCAAUUACUCUAUACAUCAAAAUGGGAUCUGGGGCUGGUAAUUUCCUCAAGGUGCUUCUCAGAAACUUCGAUGUCCUUGCUGGGCCUGUGGUUAGUCUUGUUUAUCCUCUAUAUGCUUCGAUUAGGGCAAUUGAGACCAAGUCUCCUAUUGAUGAUCAGCAAUGGCUCACUUACUGGGUUCUCUAUUCCUUAAUCACCCUCUUUGAACUUACAUUUGCAAAAGUCCUUGAAUGGAUUCCGAUAUGGCCUUAUGCAAAGCUGAUUGCAACCUGCUGGUUGGUCCUUCCUUACUUUAGCGGUGCAGCUUAUGUAUAUGAGCAUUACGUGAGACCUAUAUAUGUCAAUCCUCAAACCAUUAACAUCUGGUACGUUCCAAGGAAAAAGGACACCUUUGGUAAGCGAGAUGACAUUCUAACUGCUGCAGAGAAGUACAUCCAAGAGAAUGGAACUGAUGCAUUUGAGAAUCUGAUCAAUAGGGCUGAUAAAUCCAGGAGGGGUGGCGGUUAUUAUACAGCGUAUGAUGAGACUUAUUAACUGCAAUCAUGUAAUUUCUGUCUUUCGUGAGUGUACAUGUUACUCAUAUUUUGUUUUACCCUCUCUGUGGCUAUACUUUGACUUUUUUUUUCAACCCUUUAUCGAGUUAUUAUUAUCCUGUAGCUAGCUUGGGAUUAGUCAUCUAUGUUUUGUAUAAUGGCUAUGACACCCAUGGAUAUAUAAUGUUAGUUCAACAGCAGAAAUUCGUUGAUUUUUUUUAUCUCA